AGCGCCUGCGGCUCCCUCCCCAGCAGUCCGCCUCGCCGCGCUCCUCCUCGCCUUCCUGCUGCAGGCCGCACCCGCAGGAAUCAAAUUUCCAACUCCAGAGAAGAACUCAAAAACAAGUCUAUAAACCUCUGGCAUUUAAUUCUUCAGAGAGGUUCUCAAGAAGUAUCAAUGAAAAAUCCAAGGACAUGAAAAUAGUGGGAUCAACUACAUUUCCUGUCAAAGUCUAUGUCAAGUUGAAUCAUGACAGUCCCCGUAUUUUAUGUGUGACAAAUCGGCUACGGGUUUCAGAACUGAUUGAUCCAAUAUUCCAGUGGCAUGGACCAAAUGGUGACAUGGUUGCAGAAAAUAGCAGUGUGAAAAUAACACCCACAGGAACCCUAAUAUUCAGACAUUUCAAAUACGACAUGAGUGGAGUUUAUACCUGUUCCAUUGUAUAUAAACCAACUGCAGAGCAGAGUGAAAAAAACUACUUAAUCAAAUACGUGAUUUAUGGACAGAGGUUCCCAACAUUUUUAUACCAUGGCCCAGCAAACCAUGGCCCAGAAGUGACUGCGGCCCAGCAAACCGAGGCCCAACAGUCACAGCCAACCAUGGCCAGAAUUUGCGGCCGGAGGACAGCUUAUUCUGAUCCCGACUAUUACUACGAAUUUACAGCCCGAUAUCACUCAGCGCCCUGCAAUAGUAUCUACAAUGUUUCUUUUGAGAAAAAGUUGCUUCAAAUACUAGCCAAACUAGUUGCUGAACUUUCUUGUGAGGUUACUUUAGUUCAGUCAGAGUGCCAUCAUGUUAAAAUGCAGAAAGCAGGUCUGCAAAAUGAAAUCUUCUUUACUUUUAGAGUUUCUUCCUUCGAAGAAAACAAACCAAAGAAUCGCUGUCAAAAAAACACUUGUGAUAAAACUAAAAGAUUAAACAAGGCAAAAGAUCUUAUAGAGAAAUUUUUUAAAGAACAAGUGGAAGUGCUGGGAAAACGUGCUAAUCCAUUGCCUGAAAUAUACUACAUUGAAGGCACUCUACACAUUGUAUGGGUUAAUCACUGCCGCCCAGGAUUUGGAAUGAACUCUCUGAUACAUCUAGAUUGUCCUGAUUGUUGUGUUAUCUGUAGCCCAGGAACAUACAAUCCCAGUGAAGGAGUUCAUUGUCUUCUCUGCAACAGGACUUUGACAUAUGGAGCAACAAAAUGUUAGUGGAAUGUCAGUUGCAGUAUUUUGCUCUUUUCACUACUCUAUUGUGUGUUGUUUUUUCACUUGGUAAAAUCAAUAAAGUGAUUCUAACAACUUG